AUGAUUAUCGCUCCAGAGAAUGAGCCUCUCCACGUGCUCGAUUUACCCCAGACCUACGAGAAACCCUCGGGCACCGAACUCAUCAAAGCCCUGGCCCUAUUAGCAUUGCAGCCGAAAGUGUUUGGGACCAGUCCCGAGGUAGUCAAGGGCCCUGCUGUGCAGCCCGCGGGGGUGAAUAGGUAUCUGACUCAAAUCAUUUCGAGUCCGCUAUCAUGGCUUGAGACCGAUGAAUUGCGAGAGGCAGUGUGGGAUGCUGCGGCGGCUCGAUUGAGCGAGCGCUCUGGCCGUGCUGCCAUGCCAGCCAUGUCGCGAGUUUUCUCAGUUCCCACAUCUUCUGGCGAAGACUACUCUAUCACCUUACACGAGCCAUCCAUCACUGCGGACAACCUCGGCAUGAAAACUUGGGUAUCCUCAUACCUCCUCUCCCGCCGACUCCAUAAUAUCAUCGAAUGUCCUCAAGAUCUCGUACCGUCGGGUCCAACAGAUCCUUCUAUUACGCCCGAGCGAGCAGGAAAACCGAUUCGGGCUCUAGAACUUGGUUCCGGUACAGGAUUGGUGGGCCUGGCCUUCGCAGCCCUUCAUGGCAAGUCGGCAACGGUACAUCUGACUGAUCUUCCUGAGAUCGUCCCGAAUAUUGCACACAACAGUGCUCUGAAUGUAGAGCUUCUGAAUAAUACAGGGGCAAAGGUGACCACGGGUGUCCUCGAUUGGUCGGUUGUUCCCACACCGCAACCCGCCGCGGAAGAGCGAUAUGAUGUGAUCCUUGUCGCGGACCCGCUGUAUUCGCCCAUUCACCCCGAAUGGCUUGUACAAACUAUCGGAUCCUGGCUUGGACGGGGACUAGGUGCACGAGUGGUAGCCGAAAUGCCUCUGCGUGGUCCUUAUCUACCCCAGGUGCAAGAGUUCCGCGAUCGGAUGGCAGGUCUUGGACUGGCGGUGAUUGAGGAGGGUGAGGAGCUUGGAUACGAUGACUGGGAAGGUGCCGAUGGAGAUGUGCUGGCUGUGAAAUGCUGGUGGUCGAUCUGGGGAUGGAGCGAGAAAGUAUGA